UCGGACCCUGCGAUGGAAGCGUGUCAUAGAAGGCCAGGUAACCAAUGGUCGGCGACGAGGCGGCAGAGGUGGUUCGCUACCGCCACAGGAGACCUCCAGUACUCCGGCGCCACUGGCGCUUACCGCCUCCCGCCCCUUCCGGCCCCUCCCUGUUGCGUGUAGGGCGCGUGUGCAGAGGCGUCCCGAGCCGGCGCGGUGAGGACCAUGUUGCUUCCGAACAUCUUGCUCACGGGUACACCAGGGGUUGGAAAAACCACGCUAGGCAAAGAACUUGCAUCAAGAUCAGGACUGAAAUACAUUAAUGUGGGUGAUUUAGCUCGCGAAGGGCAGUUAUAUGAUGGCUAUGAUGAAGAGUAUGACUGUCCCAUUUUAGAUGAAGAUAGAGUAGUUGAUGAGUUAGAAAACCAAAUGAGUGAAGGUGGAGUUAUUGUUGAUUACCAUGGUUGUGAUUUCUUCCCUGAACGCUGGUUUCAUAUAGUUUUUGUGCUGAAAACAGAUAACAGUGUUUUGUACAAAAGGCUUGAAACAAGGGGUUAUAAUGAGAAGAAACUAAAAGACAAUAUUCAGUGUGAAAUUUUUCAAAUUCUUUAUGAAGAAGCCUUAGCAUCCUACAAGGAGGAAAUAGUGCAUCAGCUGCCCAGCAAUAAUCCAGAAGAUCUUGAGGAUAAUAUCGAUCAGAUAUUGAAAUGGAUUGAGCAAUGGGUCAAAGAUCAUAGCUCUUGACUUACAAGAAUGGCCACCUUACAAUCACUCUUGAUAUCUCUCUGCCCACAUUAUAUAAAUUGUUCAAUUAUCAGUAAAACUUCCUUAUUGAAACUGUGUUGUUGGAGUAGUAGGUGGAUAGUAUAAAGGUUUAUGUUUAGGGUUUUUUUCUCCAUGAGAAAACUAAUCUCAAUUAUCAUGAAUAAUAUUAUUAAGGAUUGAGAAUUAAAACUGUCAUUGUUUAGUGCUUCAAUUGCUAAAGGAUAAAUAAAUCUCACCAAAUGGGUGGAUAUAUUUUAAGUUUAUUACAGAAUAAAAUGAAAGUGAUUUCUUAAAAUAAAACUUAAGACAAAACAUCAGAGUUUUCCAUGUUUAUUUUUCUUUUAAAAAAAAAAGUGUAAAUGGUAAUACUUGCACUCUGUAUAAAACCCAAAAGCCACAAAAGGUAUAUAGACAGUGUCCCGCUUAUAAUGGGUCAACUUAGGAAUUUCUGACUUUACAAUGAUGCAAAAGCAAUAGGCAUUCAGUAGAAAUCACACUUUGAGUUUUUAUCUUUUCCCAGGCUAGUGGCAUGCAGCACUGUGAUGCUGGGCGGGGCAGAGGGCUGCAGCUCCAGUCAGCCACACGAUCUUGAGGGUGAACAACUGAGCCGCUUACAACCAUCCUGCACCCACACAGCCAUUCUGUUUUUCACUUUCAGUACAGUACUCAAUAAGUUACAUGAGAUAUCCAAUACUAUUAUAAAAUAGGCUUUCUGUUAAGAUGAUUUUGCCUAACUGUAAGUUAAUGUAAGUAUUCUAAGCCUGUUUAAUACAGGCUAAGCUAAGCUGUGAUGUUUCAUAGGUUUGGUGUAUUAAAUGCAUUUUCAACUUAGGAUAUUUUCAACUUAUGAUGUGUUUAUUGGGGUGUAACCCCUUCAUAAAUCAAGGAAGAUCUGUACUGGAAAGGAAGUUUCCCUUCAGGCCACUGUGUUCUUCAGUCAUGCUAGAUUCUCUCCCUUUAGGAAAUGAUGUUACUGGUUCCUUGUGUAUCUUUUCAGAGAUUUUAUGCCUGCAAAGCAUGUGUGUGCUUGUGAACAUUAUUAUUAUUUUUUAAGCCUAUGGUAGCACACUAUGCAAAAUGUUCUCUAUUUUUUUCAUUUAAUGUAUUUUGGAUAUUAUACCAUCUCAGAACAUACAGACCUUACUGUUCUUUAUUUAAGAUAUAAUUUAUAUAUAUAAAGCACACCAUUGUAAGGUGUACAACCCAUUGGUUUUUAUCAUAUUCACAAGAUUGUGCAACUAUCCAAUUCUGUAACAUUUUCAUCACCCCACUCAAAAGCAGCUCCAUACCUGUUACCAGUCACUUCCCAUUCUUCCCUUCUCCAAUCUCUUGCUAUCACUUAGUCUACUUACUGUCUCUAUGGAUUUGCAUAUUCUAGACAAUUCAUAUAAAUGAAAUCGUAUGGGGUCUUUUCUAUCUGGCUUCUUUCACUUAGCAUAGUGUUUUCGAGAUCAUCCACGUUUUAGCCUUUAGCCUUAGGAGUACUUCGUUCUUUUACAUGGUCGGAUAAUGUUCCACUGAAUGGCUAUCCCACAUUUUGUUUAUCCAUUCCAUCAGUGACACAGAUGGGUUGCAUCCACUUUGGGUAUUAUUAAUUAUGUUAUGAACGUUUGUGUACAAGUUUUUGUGUAGCUGUGUCUUUUCAAUUCUCUUGGAAACAGCUGAAAGGGAAAUUGCUGGGUCAUACUGCAAUUGAAUUUAACAUUUUGAGGAAAUGCCAAAUUUUUCCAAAGUGACUGCUUUACUUUACAUUCUCACCAUACAUGUAUAAGGGAUCUACUUUCUCCACAUCCUUGCCAGCACUUGCUACUGCCAUCCUUUAGAUGUACAGUCAUAUUUCAUUUUGGUUUUGAUUUAUAUUUUCCUAAUGUCUAAUGAUGUUGAGUAUCUCUCCAUGUGCCUGUUAGUCAUUUGUAUACCUUCUUUGGAUCACUAAUUCUUGUAUGUUUGCACAGAGCUCCAUUAAGGUUGUGGCUUAAUGAGUCCCCUAUUGAUAGACAUUUACAUUGUUUCCAGCUUUUUACUGAACAAUGAUACAAGAAUGGUAAGAAAGAAUAACACAUAAAAUGAACUCUCUUAAUUCACAUGACUACUAUCUGAGGUAUAGGUAUUAUUUCCAUUACAGGUGAUAGAACCAAGGCACAAAAGGGUUAGGUGACUUACUCAAGAUCACAGCUAGGGACUGACAAGGGCUUAAUUUCCAGAAUAUAUAAACAGCUCAUACAACUUAA